CGACACGCCGCCCGCGCAUGCGCAGCCCGACGCACCCCUCCCCGCGCCCGGUCGCCCGCUCGGUAUUAUGAUUUGCGCUGGGUGCGGGGAUCCGGCGGCCGGGAAGGAGUUGUCGGCGCCGCGGCCGCUGCAGAAGAACGUCCGCCUGGCGGCUGAGGAGAAAGAGGCAGCUAGCAAGCACCAGUGGUAACGAGGACCUCGCUGCCCACGGCGCGCAGGAGUCCCUAGAUUCAGAUACCAAACCUGAUUGCCACGCCACUUUCCUGACACAUCUAAGCUGACUGAUAGAGGAGGGCAGCGGUUACGUCGGGGGUGGGCAGCCCGCAGGGUCUCAGAGCCGGUGACCGCUACAGAGCCAUGCAGUGGACACGGACACACUUGAUGUCCAUGGCAACGUUGAAAAUGAACUGCUUAUUUUCUGCAGAUCCUCUUCUAUGAGAAGAUCCCGCUCAGGCGUUUGCAUAUUUUUCCUUCUGCCGGACAGCAUGGCAGGCUUCAAGCGGGGCUAUGACGGGAAGAUCGCGGGCUUGUAUGAUCUGGAUAAGACCUUGGGUCGGGGUCACUUUGCAGUGGUGAAGCUUGCCAGGCAUGUCUUCACGGGGGAGAAGGUGGCAGUCAAAGUUAUUGACAAGACAAAACUGGACACUCUAGCCACCGGACACCUGUUCCAGGAGGUGAGAUGCAUGAAACUCGUGCAGCACCCUAACAUCGUGCGCCUGUAUGAGGUGAUUGACACCCAGACCAAACUCUAUCUUAUUCUAGAACUUGGAGAUGGAGGAGAUAUGUUUGAUUACAUCAUGAAACACGAGGAGGGUCUCAAUGAAGACUUGGCCAAGAAGUACUUUGCUCAAAUAGUUCAUGCUAUAUCUUACUGCCAUAAACUCCAUGUGGUUCACAGAGACUUAAAACCGGAGAAUGUGGUUUUCUUCGAGAAACAAGGUCUUGUGAAGUUGACAGACUUUGGUUUCAGCAACAAAUUUCAACCAGGGAAGAAGCUCACAACAAGCUGUGGAUCUCUGGCAUAUUCAGCUCCAGAAAUUCUGCUUGGUGACGAGUACGAUGCCCCUGCUGUAGACAUUUGGAGUCUGGGCGUGAUCCUGUUCAUGCUGGUGUGUGGGCAGCCACCCUUCCAGGAGGCCAACGACAGUGAGACCCUGACCAUGAUCAUGGACUGCAAGUACACAGUGCCCACCCACGUGUCCAAGGAGUGCAAAGACCUGAUCACCCGGAUGCUGCAGAGAGAUCCCAAGAGAAGGGCCUCCUUAGAAGAGAUCGAGAACCAUGCCUGGCUCCAGGGUGUGGACCCGUCCCCGGCCACCAAGUACAACAUCCCCCUGGUGUCCUACAAGAACCUCUCGGAGGAGGAGCACAACAGCAUCAUCCAGCGCCUGGUGCUCGGGGACAUCGCAGACCGAGACGCCAUUGUGGAAGCCCUGGAAACCAACAGGUACAACCAUAUCACAGCCACCUACUUCCUGCUUGCCGAAAGGAUCCUGAGAGAAAAGCAAGAGAAGGAAAUCCAGACGCGGUCGGCCAGCCCGAGCAACAUCAAGGCUCAGUUCAGGCAAUCAUGGCCAACCAAAAUCGAUGUGCCCCAGGACCUUGAAGAUGACCUGACAGCCACGCCUUUGUCCCAUGCCACUGUCCCUCAGUCUCCUGCUCGGGCCGCCGACAGUGUCCUCAAUGGCCACAGGAGCAAAGGUCUGUGUGACUCAGCCAAGAAGGAUGACCUCCCCGAGCUGGCAGGGCCUACACUGUCCACCGGGCCCACCUCGAGCCUGAAGCCGGCAGUCAGCGGGCGGAAGUGUCUAUUCCGGGUGGAGGAAGACGAAGAGGAAGAUGAAGAGGACAAGAAGCCCAUGUCCCUGUCCACACAAGUGGUUCUGCGGCGGAAGCCAUCCGUGACCAACCGCCUGACGUCCAGGAAGAGUGCACCCGUCCUCAAUCAGAUCUUUGAGGAGGGGGAGUCUGACGACGAAUUUGACAUGGACGAGAAUCUGCCCCCCAAGCUGAGCAGGCUGAAGAUGAACAUUGCCUCACCAGGCACCGUGCACAAGCGCUACCACCGGCGGAAAAGCCAGGGCCGUGGCUCCAGCUGCAGCAGCUCUGAGACCAGCGAUGAUGACUCGGAGAGCCGGCGGCGCCUCGACAAGGAUGGGGGGUUCCCCUACUCCUGGCACCGGCGGGACAGCAGCGAGGGGCCCCCGGGCAGUGAGGGGGAUGGUGGGGGUCAGAGCAAGCCCAGCCAUGGCAGCGGCGGUGCGGACCACGCCAGCCCAGGUGACAGGAGCACGGGCGGGGGCAGCCCCUCAGGGGGCACGGGCGGUGCCCCUGGUGGCACCUCGGGCUCCACGCGCCGCUGCGCCCUGGGGCCCCCCAGCUCUGUGCAGCUGGCCUCCCGCAGCGCCGGGGAGCUCGUGGAGAGUCUCAAACUCGUGGGCCUCUGCCUGGGCUCCCAGCUGCAUAGUGGUGCCAAGUACAUCAUUGACCCGCAGCGGGCGCUGGCACUGUCCAGUGUGAAAGUGCAGGAGAAGUCCUCGUGGAAGAUGAGCGUGGGCCCCACUGCAGGUACAGGCCAGGCCCCAGCCGUGGGCAGUGUCAAGUUCUUCUCCGAACAUGUGGCCGGGGCCAGCACCGAACUGGACCGGAUAAAGAGCAAGAACCUGAAAAACAGCGUGCUCCAGCUACCUCUGUGUGAAAAGACCAUCUCUGUGAACAUCCAGCGGAGCCCCAAAGAGGGGCUGCUGUGCGCCUCGAGCCCGGCCAGCUGCUGCCACGUCAUCUGAUGCCGGCCGCCACCCGCUCGUGACAGUGCAUGGUCUCUGCAUGCUGCUAGACCCUACUUUCCAGCCAAAAAGUCUACUGUGUAGUUUUUACAUUUAUAUUUUAAUGUGGACAACCAUGAUGAAAUUAAAAUGUAUAUUUGGAACCUAAGAUAAAUGGAGCACUUAGAAAUUUGAUUUUCUGCACUUAACCUAGAGAGAGAGAAAAAAAAAAAAUGUAUUCGUUUCUUGUGCAAAAUCUAAAUUCCUGUUUCGACUUUCUGUGAUCCAGAAACUCCGUGCUCCGAGGCACCACGCGGUGCCCGAGACAGAACCAAAGCAAUAACACGCAGAGGCCCAGCCCGGCCCCAACCAGCCCCAGCCCAGCGACGAGGUGGCCCUGCUGCCCCCGCCUGGGGGAGCUAAGGACAGCAAGCGAGCACGCAGAGAAGCCUAAGCUGCCAACUGGAGAGUCAGGCGAGGCUGGGACUCACGAGGACCGGAGCAAGUCUCCGUGCUCCCCGUAGGCGAGGUGGAGGACGUGGGUCCCUAAGGCAGCUCCCCUUGCAGACAGUCCUGAGCCAUGAUGAAAUGAAUCCUGAUCUGGACUCUCCCGACAGAGCGUCGCCUGUCCAUCCGUCUGUGCAGCAUCCAUGCAGCAGAGCAUUGGCUGCCCUAUGGGCAGCUCCUGCGCGACCCGGUGGUGGGGCUCAUCACAAGCGUCCUCCCAGCCUGGCAGAUGGAGGAGGCGGCAGGGUUGCCUGUGGGCGGAAGCCCCGUGGAUGUGACGCAGAUGCCUGGACUUGUUUCUCAGCAGCGCUAGUUAGCUAGUCUUUUUGUAUCUCCUCCAUUCCACCCUCGCUCAGCUAGCUGUGAAAACUGGCCAUCAAAACACACACUGGAAAGGUAAGAGUCACAGCAGCCGUGCGCACAGCCUGCUCUGCAGCUGUCCUGCAUCUUUGUUUUGCCUUCCUGCCAGCGAACAAUCAGAGGACUCCUGCUUGAACUGUGCAGUGCAAACCGUGCGGAUGACCGGCUCCGCGGCCUUCACAUGUAGGGUGUGCUGUAGCGCGGACUGGGAUUUGCGAGGAGCUGUGGCCCAUCUUAAAAGCAGUGUCCAGCAGCCUUUGAAGUGGGCCCUUCCCUCACCCUCCAGCUCAUCCCGGCUCUGAGUGCCAGCUCAGCUCAGGGCAGGCCAAGCCUGCCCCUGUGGUGAAGCCCACACCCACCCCACCGAGUGCAGCCCUGCUUGCUCACUGCUGGGCCGGCCAGGUCUCCUAAGCUUCAGUCCCUGUGACGUUUAUGCUGAAAGCUAUGAGACUUCAGGUGUGCGGGAAGCCAUAGGGCAUGUUUGCUUGAAAUUCUUGAGCAGGGAUCUCCUAAGGGGCCAGAAGCAGGAUAUGGGGUUUACGUGCCAGCGAGUGGAACAUCUGUGUUAGAUGUAGGAGAGAAGUUUCUGAAGGGCGUUGGCAAUAAACUCUUUGUCACAGCUGUUUCCCAAGUCCUGUAAAUACUUCCCCGUGAGUGCAGACAGCCUCGGAUGGCGCCUUUUACUGACCCUGCGUGGGUGCCCAAGGGUUUUGUUCCAGUGUACAUAUGGUGCUCACCCAGGACAGCGUGUGCUGCAGAGCUGUGUCAUAGCCUUAGUAGUCCGUGUGCUUGGUCGGCCCCAGGCCCACCCGUCCGUCCGUGAGUGACUGCAUGUGUCACGUGUUGUCCUGUGUUGUCCUGAGGGAGGGAGCGGAACACCAUUCCACAGAGACACUCGGACCAAACCCAUGACCUGCUCUAGGGUCACCUGCACCCUAACCUCUGUCUCCAGAAGUUCCAUAGUUACAAUAGUGCAUAAAUUAAAUAUUGUGGAAAAGUCUUGUAUUUUUCUGUAUGUGUGUAUAUAUAUAUAUAUAUAUAUAUAUAUAUAUAAAAUUAUGUACUUCCGGCAAUUCUGUAUGUAUUUAAAGAUGUGACAAUCCUGACACCAACUCUUAAGAAUAGCUGUGCAGCUGGCCUGAGCCUCAGGGCCCCUCGAGUGCCAUGCGUGUUCCCAGGGCAUACGGUUCUCAGCCACUUACAGUUCCGGUCGAUUUUCCUCAUUGUAUAAACAUUGACAGGUCUGUGACAAAUGGGAAAAUAAUCCAGAUAAUAAAGUGACAUUGGUGUUCAGCAAUA